AUGGCUACAGAACAGACACAUGUUAGUGGAGGUAAGACCAUCAGACUGCUCUCUGAAGGUAAGACCACCAGACCGCUCUCUGAAGGUAAGACCAUCAGACCGCUCUCUGAAGGUAAGACCACCAGACCGCUCUCUGAAGGUAAGACCACCAGACCACUCUCUGAAGUGGCUUCAAGUUUUAGGCUUAGCCGCUACUGGCACUGUGCCGGCGUUGAGGAGGCCCGCCAACCAAUGGGAACCCAAGGCCCGCCAACCAAUGUGAACCCAAGGCCCGCCAACCAAUGGGAACCCAAGGCCCGCCAACCAAUUGGAAUCCAAGGCCUGCCAACCAAUGUGAACCCAAGGCCCGCCAACCAAUGGGAACCCAAGGCCCGCCAACCAAUGGGAAUCCAACAUACAGCUCUACAGGUGUUCACCUUUGCCCAGGUGGUGGGGGCCCAGGUGGUGGGGGCCCAGGAGGGGGGGGCCCAGGAGGACGGCAGCCUCCCGGAGCUCAGUGACGUCUGCACUGAAGGCAGCUGCUACCCAGCAACAGGAGACCUUCUGAUUGGACGAGCCCACCAGCUAUUUUCUACCUCCACCUGUGGACUGAACCGACCCGAACCGUUCUGCAUCGUCAGCCACCUGCAGGAGGAGAAGAAGUGUUUCACGUGCGACUCCAUGGCAACCUACGACGAGCUGACCAAUCAGACGAGCAACCAUCGCGUGGAGAACGUCGUCACAACAUUCGCUCCAAACAGGCUGAAGACCUGGUGGCAGUCAGAGAAUGGUCUGGAGAACGUCACCAUCCAACUGAACCUGGAGGCCGAGUUUCACUUCACGCACCUCAUCAUGACCUUCAAGACGUUUCGUCCCGCUGCCAUGGUGAUCGAGCGGUCAGCUGACUUCGGGAACACCUGGCAGGUGUACCGAUACUUCGCCUAUGACUGCGAGUCUUCCUUCUCCUCCGUUUCCCACGGUCCCAUGCAGAAGGUCGAUGAUGUCAUCUGUGACUCACGUUACUCAGAUAUUGAGCCAUCCACUGAGGGAGAGGUGAUCUUCAGAGUUCUGGAUCCGGCGUUCCAGAUCGAUGACCCGUACAGUCCCCGAAUCCAGAACAUGUUGAAGAUCACCAACCUGAGGGUGAAAUUCACCAAGCUGCACACGCUGGGCGAUAACCUGCUGGACUCUCGUAUGGAGAUCAAAGAGAAGUAUUAUUACGCCGUCUACGACAUGGUGGUCCGAGGAAACUGCUUCUGCUAUGGACACGCCUCUGAGUGCGCCCCCAUCCAGGGAGCCAGCAAGGCCAGGGAGGGCAUGGUUCACGGUCACUGCAUGUGUAAUCACAACACCAAAGGUCUGAACUGUGAACUGUGUCAGGAUUUCUACCACGACCUGCCCUGGAGACCAGCUGAGGGACGCAACACCAACGCCUGCAAGAAGUGUAAGUGUAACCAGCACUCGGACUCGUGUCACUUCGACAUGGCCGUGUUCGUGGCGUCGGGAAACGUCAGCGGAGGCGUCUGUGACGAGUGUCAGCACAACACCGCCGGACACAACUGUGAGCAGUGCCGACCGUUUUACUUCCAACAUCCUGAGAGAGACGUCAGAGACCCCAACAUCUGCCAGCAGUGUAACUGUGACCCGGUGGGCUCUCUGAACGGAGGACUCUGUGACAGAACCACGGACGUUAGAACCGGACUCAUCGCCGGUCAGUGUCGCUGUAAAGUCAACGUGGAAGGAGAGCGCUGCGAGCGCUGCAAGCAGGCGUACUACGGGCUGAGUGGAGAGGCUGAGGGCUGCAAAGCGUGCACGUGCAGUCCUCUGGGAACAGUUCCUGGUGGGAAUCCCUGUGACAGUGAAACAGGAAACUGCUUCUGUAAACGACUGGUGAUUGGACGAGACUGUGACCAGUGUGUGUCUGAACACUGGGGUCUCAGUAAUGAUGUGGAUGGCUGCAGACCAUGUGACUGUGACCUGGGAGGAGCCGUCAACAACCAGUGUGACCAGCAGACGGGUCAGUGCCAGUGCAGAGGUCACAUGUUCGGCCGGCGCUGUGAUCAGGUGGAGUCCGGGUUCUACUUCAUGGCUCUGGACCACUACACCUACGAGGCCGAGGACGCCACGUUCGGACCUGGGGUGACAGUGGUGCCGAGGCCCCACCCUCUGGACCGCAGUCCCACCUGGACGGGUGUUGGCCUGGUCAACGUCCCAGAGGGGGCCUUCCUGGAGUUCUCCAUCGAUAACAUUCCUCACUCCAUGGAGUACGACAUCCUGAUCCGCUACGAGCCUCAGCUGCCGGAUCAAUGGGAAGAGGUUCUGAUGAUGGUGAUGAGACCCGGACCGAUCAGAGCCGACAGCCGCUGUGUGAACACGGUGCCCGACGAGGACCACCAGACCGUCUCUCUUCACCCCGGCUCACGGUACGUGGUUCUGCCCAGACCGGUUUGCUUUGAGUCCGGCUUGAACUACACGGUCCGCCUCAGUCAGCCGCUGUACUCGGCCCUAAGCGACUCCCAGUCCCCAUACACACUCAUUGACUCGAUCGUGCUGAUGCCUCACUGUAAGAACCUGGACCUCUUCACACCGUCUGAGGGAGGGGACUCCAGCAGCUGGGACACGUUCCAGCGUUAUCGCUGCCUGGAGAACAGCCAGGGAGUCAUCAAGUCCCAGACCACCGACAUCUGCAGGAACUUCAUCUUCAGCAUCUCCGCCAUGCUGCACCAGGGAGCUAAAGAAUGCCAGUGUGACCCUCAGGGCUCUCUGAGCACCGUGUGCGACGCCAGCGGCGGUCAGUGUCAGUGUCGACCCAACGUGGUCGGUAGGAACUGUGACCGAUGCGCUCCCAGCACCUUCCAGUUCGGACCCAACGGCUGCAGAGCGUGUGAGUGUGACUCUCAGGGUUCUCAGCAUGCGUUCUGUGACCAGCUGACUGGUCAGUGCAGCUGUGUGUCGGGGGGGUACGGCCGUCAGUGUGAGCGCUGCCUGCCGGGUCACUGGGGCUUCCCCUCCUGCCAACCCUGCACCUGUAACGGCCACAGCGACGACUGCGACGCCGCCACCGGACGCUGCCUCGCCUGCAGAGACCACAGCACGGGACCGCACUGUGACAGGUGUCUGGACGGUUACUAUGGCGACCCGGUGCUGGGGUCAGGUGACCACUGUCGUCCCUGCAUGUGUCCCGACGGCCCCGGCAGCCUGCGGCAGUUCGCAGGAAGUUGUUACCGUGCCGACAACUCCCAGCAGGCCAUCUGUGUCUGUAACACUGGAUACAAAGGUGCUCGCUGUGAUGAGUGCUCACCUGGUUACUAUGGAAACCCCGGUGAGGCAGGGGGGCAGUGCAGACCGUGUCAGUGCAACAACAACAUCAACAUGAUGGACCCGGACUCCUGCGACAGCCAGACCGGCGAGUGUCUGCGCUGCCUGCACCACAGCGAAGGUCCUUCCUGCGAGAGCUGCAAACUGGGUUACUACGGCAACGCCCUGCUCCAGGACUGUAGGAGAUGCGUCUGCAACCAGCUGGGCAGCAACGCGUCCAGCUGUCCGUCAUCUGGAGACUGUCACUGCGACCGCAGCAGCGGACAGUGUCUCUGCUUCCCCAACGUCAUCGGGCAGCACUGCGACCGCUGCGCUGCAGACAGCUGGGACCUGGCCAGCGGCCGCGGCUGCCGGACCUGCGACUGCGACGCCAAACAUUCAGAACAGACUUCCUGCAACGAGAUCAGCGGGCAGUGCUCCUGUCGGCCCGGCUUCGGAGGAAGAACCUGCAGCGAGUGCAGAGAGCUGUUCUGGGGAGAGCCGGAGGUCAAAUGUCACGCCUGUGACUGUGACCCCCGUGGGAUCGUGGACCAGCAGUGUAAUAAGCUAACGGGUCACUGUGUGUGCGUGGAGGGCGUGUCCGGACCUCGCUGUGACUCGUGUGCUCGCGGGUUCUCCGGACUCUUCCCGGACUGCCGGCGCUGCCACCAGUGCUUCGCUGAGUGGGACGCCGUCAUCGGCCAGCUGACCAAUCAGACGCACCGCCUCGUUAACAAGGUCAACACCAUCAAAGCCAGCGGAGUCAGCGGGCCAUACAGGAAGUCCAUGGACAGCAUGGAGAGGAGCGCCGCCGACAUCCGGGUCCUCCUGGACCAGAACCCCGCCUCACAACCGCUCAGCGAGAUCCAGGACCUGCUGCAGCAGGCCAGCGACCUGAUGGGGGCCCUGAACCAGGCAUUGAACCACACGGAGCAGAAUCUGGUCCAGGUUCAGGAGGGGGACGGCCGUGUGGGACUGAAACUGGAUUCUGUCUCAGCAGACGCUCAAAAACUGGAGCGGACGGUUCAGGAUCUGCUGAACCAGGUGGAGGUCAUCAAGAACUCCGACAUCAGAGGGGCGACCGACAGCGUCACUAAGUACUUCCUGCAGUCUCAGGCGGCUGAAGCUCGAGCCAACGCGUCGACCUUUGACCCAGACAGCGCGGUGCAGAACUCCGCCCGCCUACGGCAGGUAACGGAGGACAAGAUGAACCAAUCAGGUGACGGCUUCCUCCGGAGACACACUGAGCAUGCUCAGAGACUGGACGACCUGGCAGGAGAACUGCAGACUCUCGACCUAUCAGAGCUCAGCACCAAGACCUGCGGCAGCCUGGCGGUUCCGGACUGUUUGGACUCUGGAUCCGGCUGCAGAGGAGACGACUGUGACGGGCUGCUGAUGAAAGCUCACAGCAGCUGGAUGAAAGCUCAGGACUCCGAUCAGGAAAUCCUCAGCGCCAUGCAGGAAGUGGACCGGCUCUCUAAGAUGGUUUCAGAAGCCAAGGUGAAGGCGGACCAGGCGAAGCUGAGCGCUCAGAACGUUCUGAUGAAAACAAACAGAACCAAACAGAAAGUGGAUCAAAGCAACGAAGAACUCAGAACCCUCAUCAGACAGAUCAGAGACUUCCUCACACAGGACGCAGCGGACCUGGAGAGCAUCGAGAACGUAGCCAAUCAGGUUCUGGCGCUGCAGAUGCCGACGACGGCGGUCCAGCUGCAGAACCUGACGGCUGAGAUCCGGCAGAAGGUCUCAGAGCUCGGAGACGUGGAGGAGGUUCUGCUGCAGAGCGCCGAUGACAUCAGCAGAGCCGAGAACCUGCUGGACCAGGCCCGCCGAGCCAGUGAGGAAGCGUCAGACGUGAAGGAUUCUGCAGAGAAAGUGAAGCGAGCUCUGAAAGAAGCUCAGCGAGCUCAGACCGCCGCCAGCACCGCGAUCCGGCAGGCGGCCGCCGACAUCCAGAACACCAACCACCUGCUGUCCUCCGUGGAGUUAGAGACAGAAGAUACGGAGGUGAAGUUGAACAAUGCGACCCAGAGGCUGCAGCGGCUCGGGCAGGAUGUGACGCUGCUGAAAGACAAAGCUAUGAACGUCACACAGAACACAAAACGGACCAAUCAGGAUGCAGCAAGCAUCAGAAAGAUGGCAGAAGAGAUGAAGAAGGAGCUAAACUCGGAGGUGAAAGGUCAGUACGCCGCUGUGGAGCAGCUGAUUGGUCAGAAAGCAGCAGGUGUGACUGACGCCAAGAAGAGGGCGGAGUCACUGCAACAGGAAGCCAAAGAGCUGCUGCUGCAAGCUAGCAACAAGCUGCAGCUGCUGAAAGAGCUGGAGAGGUCACAUGAUGAGAACCAGCUGGCGUUGGAGCAGAAAGCGGAGCAGCUGGUGGAGCUGGAAGCCGCCGUGAAGGAGCUGCUGCAGCAGAUCAGCCAGCAGGUCACCGUCUACAGCACCUGUCUGUUCUAGGUCAAAGGUCAAAGGUCACUGCUGCAGCCAAUCAGAGGUCUGAUUUCCAAAGUGGACAUUUUAAUUGUCAGGUGUCUGAGUGUUCCUGAAUGCACCGUCAGGUAUUUCUGAGUCAUGUGACUGACGAUGUGUCGGUGUGAUUGGUCGGUUUAUGAAAUGAAUAAAAUGUUCAUUAAAUGUUUUAAUGUCUUUCUGAAUGUAAUAAUCAAUCAAUAAUCAAUCAAUAAUCAAUCAAUAAUCACUUUAACUUGACUAUGACCUUUUUUAUUAUAGUUUUUUCUACAUGACCAAAA